GGUGGGGAUUGUGGGAGGAAAACUCCAUUUCCUUCGGCCCCGCCGGCCUCCCCCAGCCCGAUGUGCCGCGGCCGGGACCAUGCUGGGCAUGUACGUGCCGGACAGGUUCUCGCUCAAGUCGUCCCGGGUGCAGGACGGGCUGGGGCUGUACACGGCCCGCAGAGUGCGAAAGGGUGAAAAGUUUGGACCAUUUACUGGAGAGAAGAGAAUGCCUGAAGACUUGGAUGAGAAUAUGGAUUACCGGCUAAUGUGGGAGGUCCGUGGAAACAAGGGUGAAGUUCUCUACAUUUUGGAUGCUACUAACCCACGACACUCUAACUGGCUUCGCCUAGUGCACGAGGCACCAUCUCAGGAACAGAAGAACUUGGCUGCCAUUCAAGAAGGAGAAAACAUUUUCUACUUGGCUGUUGAAGAUAUAGAAACGGACACUGAGCUUCUGAUUGGCUACCUGGACAGUGACCCGGAGGCUGACGAGGAAGACCAGGAAUUCAUGACAGUGAUCAAUGAAGGGGACGUUGAAAAUCCUAAGGAGCAAGUGACAGUCGGUAGCAAAGAUGGUUCUCGAGGCAGAGAGGACCAUGCCUGUCCCCAGUGUGAAUCCACUUUCCCCAGCAAGACCAUCCUGGCAGAGCAUCUUCAGACCUUGCACCAGAAGCCUACAGAGGAGAAGGAAUUUAAGUGCAAGAACUGCAGGAAGAAAUUUCCAGUAAAACAGGCUUUGCAAAGACACAUUCUUCACUGCAAAGCGAAAAGCAGCCCGAAGGAUUCUUCUCGAAGUUUCCAGUGCUCUGCGUGCAAUGCUUCCUUCAGUUCUGAACCGAGUUUUGAGCAGCACCAGGAAACUUGCCCCGGAGAUGCCCGGUUUGUGUGCAAGGUCGACAGCUGUGGGAAGAGGCUAAAGAGCAAGGAUGCCCUGAGAAGACACCAGGAAAACGUUCACGCGGGAGAUCCAAAGAAAAAGCUCAUAUGCUCAGUAUGCAACAAAAAGUGUUCUUCAUCUUCAAGUCUGCAGGAACAUAGAAAGAUUCAUGAGGUAUUUGAUUGUCAAGAAUGUAUGAAGAAAUUUAUUUCAGCUAACCAGCUUAAACGUCAUAUGAUCACCCACUCAGAAAAACGACCCUAUAAUUGCGAGAUAUGUAAUAAAUCUUUCAAGAGACUUGAUCAAGUGGGGGCCCACAAAGUAAUCCACAGUGAGGAUAAGCCUUACAAGUGCAAGCUUUGUGGGAAGGGAUUUGCCCACAGGAAUGUUUAUAAGAAUCACAAGAAGACCCACUCUGAGGAGAGGCCCUUCCAGUGCGAGGAGUGCCAAGCACUGUUCCGGACUCCAUUUUCUCUGCAGAGACACCUGCUCAUACACAACAGUGAGAGGACCUUUAAGUGCCAUCACUGUGAUGCCACCUUUAAGCGGAAGGACACCUUGAAUGUCCACGUCCAAGUGGUCCAUGAAAGACACAAGAAAUACAGGUGUGAGCUCUGCAAUAAGGCUUUUGUGACACCUUCUGUGCUCCGUAGUCAUAAGAAGACACAUACAGGAGAAAAGGAGAAAAUCUGCCCCUAUUGUGGCCAGAAAUUCGCCAGCAGUGGGACCUUGAGAGUUCACAUCCGCAGCCACACAGGUGAACGCCCCUAUCAGUGUCCUUACUGUGAAAAGGGGUUCAGCAAAAAUGACGGGCUGAAGAUGCACAUCCGGACUCACACCAGGGAGAAGCCAUAUAAGUGCUCCGAGUGCGGCAAAGCCUUCAGCCAGAAGCGGGGCCUGGACGAGCACAAGAGGACUCACACGGGGGAGAAGCCGUUUCAGUGUGACGUUUGUGACUUGGCUUUUAGCCUGAAGAAAAUGUUGAUCCGACACAAGAUGACGCAUAACCCCAAUCGCCCGCUGGCAGAAUGCCAACUCUGCCAUAAGAAGUUUACAAGGAGCGACUACCUCAAGGUGCACAUGGACAAUAUCCACGGCGAAGCUGACAGCUAGUGGGAGCUGGACAGGCCUUAAACUAUUCCAAGGUCUCCUAAUAGGAAACCCAGAGGUCUCUCAUCUGAUUAAUGGAGCAAAAGUUGCCAAAAAUAAU